AUGGGCUCGCAAUUGAGACUUGUGGCAUGUGUCUCUGGCAUAUAUGUAGCAUUUCUGACAUGGUCUUUGGUGUAUGAGCCGCUCACAACGCGAAUUUGGCCUAAUUCGCAGGCUAAAUUCCAGGCACCUUGCGUAGUGGCCUUGGUGCAGGCUGCAGUUGCUGCAGUGACUGGAACAUUGUAUUUGAAGCAGCAGCAUACACAGUACAGAGCUCGGGAGUUUUUGCGCAAUUACGCACGGGACUUGCUGGCCAUUUCCUUGACCCAAAGUCUGUCAACGCCGUUGGCCGCAUAUUCAUUGCAAUAUGUGGAUUUUUUGACUUACAUGUUGGCCAAAAGCUGUAAACUGAUUCCGAUUCUUGUGGUGCAUUUGAUGUUGUACCACACGCGAAUUUCGAGCGAUAAGAAACUGGUUGCGAUUGCAGUCACUUUCGGUGUUGUUUUGUUCAACCUGGGAUCCCAAAAAAAAUCUAGUACAAAGACCAGCAGAAACGACAUCAGUCUUGUGCAUGGAUUUUUGCCGCUUGUGGUCAGUCUUUUGCUGGAUGGAUUCACGAACGCUACCCAGGAUACGCUAUUGAAGCGGAAUCGGGCUGAAAAAAGCCAAAAACUGAUCACAGGCAGUCACUUGAUGUUGGGACUCAAUCUGUGCAUCGUGAUAUGGAAUCUGGCUUAUCUGGCAAUUAUAGACCCUCAGCAAGCACUCAGGACCAAAACAAUGGUUUCCCUAGAUCCAACCAUUGCGCUGUACCUCCUAACGUACGCGGCCUGUGGAGCUUUGGGCCAGAUCUGCAUUUUUUACACGUUGCAAAACUAUGGAUCAUUGGUUUUGGUUAUGGUGACUGUCACCAGGAAGAUGAUAUCGAUGAUUUUGAGCAUUAUAGUGUAUGGACACCAUGUCAGUACAUUGCAAUGGUUUGGUAUCAGUAUAGUCUUCGCUGGCAUUACGAGCGAGGCCCUGAUCAAGAGCCGGGCGUCUACCACUGUUCAUGUCAAGAAAUCUGAAUAA